GUCGCGGCCGAAUCCACGUGCUCAGGGAGGCUGCCAUGGCGCGUCUCGCACACCUGAGUUACUGUCAGUGGAGGGGGUUGAGGGCAGCUGCAGGUCGCCUGUUCUCACAGCCGUACGUGAUGUGGAAGCCCAAGAGAGACUACCAGGCGGGGGUAGACCACCAGUAUGAGGAAGCAGUACAAGCCCUAAAUUCACUCCAGACAAAUGCCUCAGUACUUCAGGUGGCUCGGGAGCAGGGUUCACGCUCGGGCCUUGCCAAUAUACCCACAACUGAACGGUUCUUGAGUAAGGUUGGCGUCAGCAGGGAUGAAUUGGAUAAACUAUCAGUCAUCCAUGUUGCUGGAACCAAAGGCAAAGGAUCGACCUGUGCCUUUAUUGAGAGCAUCCUGCGGGAACAUGGGUAUCGAACUGGCUUCUAUUCCUCUCCUCACUUGGUGGCUGUCCGGGAGAGAAUCAGGAUAAACGGGCAACCCAUCAACAAGGAGGACUUUGCGCACUACUUCUGGGAUGUGUAUAAUUCCCUAGCAAGUCAGAAGGAAGAUGAAAAGGAUAUGCCUGCAUACUUCAAAUUCUUGACAGUCCUUGCUCUUAAAGUUUUCCUACAAGAGGAGGUGGAUGUGGCAGUGUUGGAAGUUGGAAUUGGAGGGGAAUAUGACUGUACCAAUGUUGUCAGAAAGCCUGUUGUAUGUGGCAUAACCUCACUUGAGCUGGACCACACCUCAAUCCUGGGAACGACAGUUGAGUCCAUUGCCUGGCACAAGUCAGGCAUCAUGAAGCCUGGAGUACCAACUUUCACUGUAGAAGAACAGCCUGGCAUGGCGAUGACAGUGCUGUCAGAGAGGGCAAAGGAAAAGGAGACUAAGUUGUACAUUGUGCCACCUUUAGAGAGUUAUGGAUGGGGAUCACGUCCCUUGCAGCUGGGUCUUGCUGGUAAUGUACAGUAUCGUAAUGCCUCCCUGGCACUCCAGCUCUCACAAUAUUGGAUUGACUCUCAGGUGAAAGGUUGUAGUCCCGUUAUUGACACUACGACUUCUGUAAAGGUUGAAAACUGUGGGUUCAGCAUAGCAUCGCCUUAUACGCUAGCUGAGGAAGAAGUGUGUGGGUUGAGGUCGGUGGUAUGGCCAGGCCGUUCACAGGUGUUGCCAUUGGGUUCGCUAAAGUUUUUCAUUGAUGGAGCUCACACAGAGUCCAGUAUGGAGGCAUGUGUGGACUGGUUUUCAAAGACUGCACCACUGCACACUCCUGCCCAUGAUAAUGCUACUGUGUACCGUGUCCUUAUGUUUAAUUCCACUGGUGACCGCAACCAUGAGACCUUGUUGGAGUGCCUUUCUGAGUGUGAUUUUGAUCUGGCUGUGUUUACAACCAAUCUUGUCACAACAUCCAUGAGUGCAUCAUCAGAUCAAACGAACUAUACUGUAUCUCAGGAUCAGAUGCACCUCCGUUGUGAGAAGCAAAGGAUCUCAUGGAUUAGAUUAAGGAGAAAUCGUAAGGCCGCUGAAGAAAGCACCUGUCUUAAAGAUACGGAAGCCCCAUUGCUUCAAGAGCAGGUUUCCAGUGACUUCACUGAAAGUUUGAGCAACCUUCCAGCUAUGGACGUGCCUAGCAUAAUAUUUCCUUGCAUCCAUGAUGCCCUGAAGUGGCUGUCUUGUGGCCGUGAAGCGAUGCUGCAGGGGGACCUCCUGCAGCCUCCUGCUUUUCCACCACCUAGAAAACUGGAGGAGGCCUCUCAAGUUCAGAUUCUGGUGACUGGGUCUCUGCAUCUAGUUGGUGGAGCCCUCAGUAUCCUUGAUCCUGGGCUGUCCUGUGCCACACACACCCGACACUCUCCCACCAAGCCUCCCUCACUGAGUGAUUUGGUCCGUAGCACCUAUGCUGAAGUAUCAUCACCUGGGGCACCUUGAUGCAUUGGACAUCAUAAGGCCUUGACUUUAUUGCAUUUAUGGAAUUAGGCCAUUUUUGUUCACUAAAGUAAGUUGUUAUUGGUGUUACUAGAUAUAAACUUAGCACAGUUUUGACACAGAAGCUGGAAAGUACACAGCCAACACAUUGCUCACACAUGGCCAUACUUCAAUGCUUUUUAUACAAUUCACUAUUCAACUUGCUGUUUUAACAUGAAUGAAUUAUUUUUUCUUACUUUCCAUUCUUCUGUUAAUCCCUAAUUCUGUUCUCUGCUUUUGAAUUAUAUAGUUUUAUUUAUUUUUAAUAUUGUGUAAAGCAGAUUUUGAUGUUAAUCCAUUCAUGCUGGGAACAUAAACCGUUCAUUUUUUUUUUUUUUUUUUUUUUUUU